GCCCGGGGAGAGGCUCCGUUACUCUCACUCUCACGCACUCCCACUUCCAUGAGGGCUGAGUCCCGCUCAGCUCGGAACAGCAGCAGAGACGGCCCCAGAUGGACACUCAGGGUUCCACCUGGAUAGCCACAGGACGCCGGGCAGCUGGGGGUCCCACGUCUUCCUUGUCCGACUACUCUGAUGUGGAGUCAGCAGCUGAUGAGACUAUUUGCUGGCCAGGUCUUGGUCCUCUUCCCUCUGUGUUAUGAACAGGAGCCCUGGGACGUAGAAGGAGAAAACAGAUCUCUCUGUGCAGGAGUGAAAUCUUUUCAGACUGUCUCCGGCAGGACAAGGACCAGGAUACAGAGACACAGAUCAAACUGACCGAAAAGGCGGGAGUGCAGGCCGGUGAGCCACAAGCAGAGAUCUGGACUCACCAGGCCGGAAGAUGGCUGGAAACUGCUCGUGGGAAGCCCAUCCCACCAACGGGAACAAGAUGUGUCCAGGUGGGGAUGAAGCCUCAGAACUCUACAGUCGAGGCUUCCUGACCAUUGAGCAGAUCGUCCAGCCGCCGCCCCCGGCCAUCAUGGACUAUAUCUUCCUGCUGCUUUGCCUGUGUGGUCUGGUGGGCAACGGGCUGGUCCUCUGGUUCUUCGGCUUCUCCAUCAAGAGGACACCUUUUUCCAUCUACUUCCUGCAUCUGGCCAGCGCCGAUGGCACCUACCUGUUCAGCAAGGCCCUGUUCUCCCUGCUGAACACGGGUGGCUUCCUGAGCCCCUUUGCCGACUACCUCCGCAGUGUAUGCCGGAUCCUGGGACUCUGCACUUUUGUCACCAGCGUAAGCCUCCUGCCUGCCAUCAGCACAGAGCGCUGUGUGUCAGUCAUCUUUCCUUGCUGGUACUGGCGCCAGCGGCCCAAGCACCUGUCGGCUGUAGUGUGCACCCUGCUCUGGCUGCUGGCCCUCCUGGUUACUGGCAUUCACAACUACUUCUGCGUGUUUCUGGGCCGCGAGGCCUCCGGGGCGACCUGCAGGCACAUGGACAUCUCCCUGGGCAUCCUGCUCUUCCUCCUCUUCUGCCCGCUCAUGGUGCUGCCCUGCCUGGCCCUCAUCCUGCACGUGGAGUGCCGUGCACGGCAGCGCCAGCGAUCUGCCAAACUCAACCAUGUCAUCCUAGCCAUUGUCUCUGUCUUCCUCGUGUCCUCCAUCUACUUGGGCAUUGACUGGUUUCUCUUCUGGGUCUUCCUGAUCCCAGCCCCCUUCCCUGAGUAUGUCACUGACCUCUGCAUCUGCAUCAACAGCUGUGCCAAGCCCAUUGUCUACUUCCUGGCUGGGAGGGACAAGUCACAGCGGCUGUGGGAACCGCUCAGGGUAGUCUUCCAGCGGGCCCUUCGGGAUGGCGCCGAGCUGGGGGAGGCCGCAAGCAGCACGCCCAACACAGUCACCAUGGAGAUGCAGUGCCCCUCUGGGAAUGCCUCUUGAGUGGCAGGACGGGGCAGGCCACUCUGCCGAGGAUAGAAACAGGACAGUCGCCUCCAUGUCCAGGUGGAGGGAAAGGGUGUGUCUCCAGCCCCUUGUGUCUCUUCUCCCUGGGCUGCAGGCUCCUGCAGUGACUGAGAGGUUGAACAGCCACCUGGAAAGAGAAGCAGUGGCCCUGUGCCCACCAGCCACUCUGCUUCAGUGACCCAUAGUACCAGAGUUGCCCCACGGCAUGAGGUCCCUUGUUCCCCAGGCUGGUCAAUAAGGGGGAAGACAUGGUCGCCCAGCUCUAUCCACCUCCUGUCUCUUUGGUCAACCCUCCUUAAAGGUGACCCAGCCAGUGCCAGCCCCAGGGGACAAGGGUGUCCAUUCCUACAAGACAGCAUCAGAGUAAACCCAGAUGGCGUGGGGCUUUCAGGCAAAGGGUCCUGUUAACCUGCAUUGUAACCAAGUCUUUCCAGAAACAGCCCCCAGUACUCCUGCUGAGUCAUUCAGUGACCUAAUGGGGGAAUGACUGGCCCCGCUGGGCUGCUGGAGACAGGACUCUUCGGAUAGCUUGGACUGCUGACUACCUUCCUGCCUCUGUGCUCAGCCAUUCGUGGGCACUCUGGGUGCGCCCCUACCCCACCCUGGGCCACUGUGGAACAUCUGGGCAGCUCCUGGACAGAGUUCUUGGGCUCCAGCAGCUACCUGAAAGUGGGCUCUGGCUCUGCCUUGCGCACCUGAGGACUGGCACCGUGGCACCCAUCAACAAGCACAGUGACCCUGUGUUGCCAAAGGAAGUUUUAUAAAAGAGCAAUAAAAUGUAUAUCAA